AGGCUUUAACCCACUGGGCCCCCCAGGCGCCCCUGGAAUUCAUGGUUUCUAAGUUACCAAGUGGUUGCUCGAACAAACGCUUUGCCUUAGACUUACCUCGGUGGUUCUCCUGCGACAGUGAAGUCUCUCCUCCAGCCUCGGGGCUGACGGGGAACCCGUCUCACAGAGGACUGUGUACCCAGGCCACCCUCACUCUGCUGUGCUCGGCUUCUGGGCACUUUGCGGUGACAGCGAGAGGGUUGGAAUUCGUGUCCCUGGGAAGUUACACACCUUUGUGGUCAAGCUCAUGAGAUGGAUUUGGACCAACUGGACCUGAACCCCAGAAUCAUCGCUGCGGUCAAGAAAGCCAAAUUGAAGUCGGCAAAGGAGGUUUUGCAUUAUUCCGGACCAGACCUGCAGAGACUGACCCGCCUGUCCAGCCUCGACGUGCAGCAGCUGCUGAGAACGGCCUCCUCAUGCCUGCGCGGCUGCGGCGUCUUCACAGCGCUGCAUCUGUACCGGCAGAACCAGAGCUGCCCCGCGCGGUCCCAGCGCCUGAGCCUGGGCUGCCCCGUGCUCGACAGGCUUCUCCGCGGCGGCCUCCCCUCCGACGGCCUCACCGAGCUGGCCGGCCCCAGCUCCGCCGGGAAGACCCAGCUGGCCCUGCAGCUCUGCCUGACCGUGCAGCUCCCGCGGCGGCACGGCGGCCUGGAGUCCGGGGCCGUGUACAUCUGCACGGAAGACGUCUUCCCCGACCCGCGUCUGCAGCAGCUCAUCGCUCAGCAGCGGCGCCUGCGGACUGACGUCCCAGGAGACGUGGUUGACAGGAUGAAAUUUGGCGACCAUAUCUUCAUCGAGCACGUGGCCGACGUGGACGCCCUGCUGGAGUGCGUGAGGAAGAAGGUGCCUGUGCUGCUGUCUCGGGGGAUGGCCCGUUUGGUGGUCAUCGACUCCGUGGCAGCCCCGUUCCGCUGUGAGUUUGACGGCGCGGCCUCGGUCCCCAGGGCCCGGCGUCUGCAGGCGCUGGGCGGUGCCCUGCGCUGGCUGAGCUGCACCUUCCGGAGCCCGGUGCUCUGCGUCAACCAGGUGGGUGCCCGGUCGGCACCCCGGACCGCAGACAGCCUCAGCCGAUGGUUUAGGGGUGAUGCGGGGUGGGGGGAAGCAGUGGGGUCUUUGCAGCAGUUGACCCCGGUCUGCACGUUCCAGGUGACAGAAGCCACAGAGGAGCAGGGCGCGGCACCCGGGCCACAGAGCCCCUGGGACGAGCGCAUCUCCCCGGCUCUCGGAAUGACCUGGUCCCACCAGCUCCUGAUGAGGCUGAUGGCGAGCCGACAUCGCCUGGAGGACGGGCAGCGCACCGCGCCUGGCCGCCCGGACCGCACCCUGAGGGUGAUCUUCGCCCCCCACCUGCCCCCCUCAUCCUGCUCCUACACAGUCAACGCAGAGGGAGUGCGAGGGACUCCGGGGACCGAGUCCUGCUGACACGGCACCCAUGGAGUGCAUGGCCAGAUCAGUGGCGGAUGCCGGCCAAGCCCUCCCCGCUCUGCAGGCACAAGGGCCUGACGGAGACUCGGCAUGCCCGUCGCCGGGUCUGGGUGGGCGACCUCCACCACGGCAGGGAGGCAGUGCACACGGAGGAGCCACCGGCGAGGCCUCCCCACGGUGGGCCCUGGACCCCUUCGCUGUGCACAGCUCGCUCUCUGCCAGGCUCUGGCCUAGGUAGUAAGUCCUCCCCACAGCUGCAGGUCCUCUCCACCGCCCCUGGGGUGGUCUCGGGGCCACUGAGGCACAGAACAGUGAAGUGACCUGGCCAUCAUCCCGCCCGGGCUAGUGCCGGGAGGACAGGCGUGCGCCUGACCCAGUACUGGAGGUGGAGGCAGAGGUCCCUGGAACUGGGCAGACUCUUUCUGUUUGGACGUUUUCUAGAGCAGAAACAUUCAUUUGUAAUUUCUAUCCCAUUUUUAAAAUUGUGGCCCUCAAAAGGUCAGGA